AUGGCCAUCCAAGAAGUCAGAUGGACUGGAGAUGGAAUAAUUGAAAAGAAAAAUCACACAGUUAUCUAUAGUUGUGAUAAGAAGAAACACAUAUUUGGAACAGGCUUUAUCCUGAGUAAAAGGAUAAGGCCAUUAUUAAUAGAUUAUGUCACCAAAUCAUCCAGACUAUGUAAAAUUAGGAUUAAGGGAGCUUUUUUCAACUACAGUUUCAUUACCUUUCAUGCUCCAACUGAAGACAAGGACAGUGUGGAAAAGGAGCUCUUUUAUGAAGAACUGCAUGCUUUAUAUGCAUCCUGCCCAAAAAAUGAUGUCAAAGUGUUACCAGGGGAUGCAAAUGCAAAAAUUGGCAAGGAAAAAGAAUUUAGAUCAAUAAUUGGCAAAUUUAGUCUCCAUGACAUUUCAAGCGACAAUGGAAAGCGACUUAUUGACUUUGCUGCAGAUCAUAAUAUGAUCAUACCAAGCACGAUGUUCCAGCAUAAGAGGAUACAUAAAAUGACCUGGCGAUCUCCUGAUGGGAUCACAUACAAUCAAAUCGAUCAUUUUUUGAUUGAUUCCAGGCAUAAAUCGGAUAUUGAAGACGUAAGAACCUACCGAGGUGCCAACUUAGAUUCAGACCGCUUCUUAAUAAUAGCAAAACUACGAGCUAGAAUCUCCAACAUUCGAAAGAUUCGAGGAAAAUGUUUGGAAAAGUUUGACCGUAAACAACUAAAAGAUGAGGCAAUUAAGCUCAAAUUCCGGAAUCAAAUUGACAGUAACCUUGAAGAAUCUAAGGAUAACCAUGGGGAGGAAGAUGCAUAA